AUGGCCGCGCGCACCGUUCGCCACGGACAUGAGUUCCAAUGGCAGACACGGCUUGUUUUGGCCAAUUUCGAGCGACAGCAGCAACCCAUCUUCUGGGCGGGCUUCGACAACAGGAACCAAGGAGUCGGCACAAAGACAGCCCUGGAAGAUUUCAUUGCCAGCGAGAAUGGCUUCCAGCUUGAAGAGACCCAGUGGGGAUGGAUGAUGGUGAGGAAUGAACAGGUCGCCCGCUUGGAGGCUUGCGGCUGGCCCGGCCCAAAGCGGAACUUCUGGGAGGUGGCCUCCAUCAGGCUGGCGAAGGCGAUGCGCCUCAACAAGGCGACAAAAGUACUUAUUGCCAUCAACAAGAACCUCACUGGAGUACGGCCUCUUUCCGAGUCCAUCCUGUAUCGGGAGGAGCUUCGGAACAUUGCCGAUGCCAUGCGCCCAGAACCGGCCUGGAACCCGGUCUUUGAGAUCUAUGACGUGAUGGGCAACUGUGUACCUGAGGUGGGCCUGGCCAUCGAGUUUUUGUUGGAAGAGUUGGCCAACCGGUCUGUGCAAGUGCGGUGCCGGGAUUGCACCCAAGGGCUGCAACAAUGCCGCAGCGAGCUGCAAAAGCCCAAGGGGCAACUUCCGGACCCAACUUGCGCGCAAGGUGAUUGCCGGAAUGGCCUCGGAAAGCUGCAAACCUGGGAUGGGGACCAGUACGAGGGGCACUUUAAGGAUGGCAACUUUAACGGCAAGGGCUUGCUUCGGUUGGGUGGUGGACAGAGCUACGAAGGCGACUUCGAGGAUGACCUCCCACAUGGCAAAGGCAUCUACAGGUAUGAGAACGGAGACAGCUAUGAGGGUACGUUCAAGGAUGGCCUCAGGAAUGGUGCGGGUAUCUUUAGGUAUGAAAGCGGAGACAUCUACGAAGGUGGCUUCAAGGAUGAUCUCAGACAUGGCGAGGGCCGCUACCAAUAUGCAGACGGAAGCAGCUUUGAAGGUGUCUGGAAGGAUGGCAAAAGAAUUGACUCAUCGACUUCUUGCUGGUGGUGUCGGCGUCAGUAG